AUGGCCGCCCUCCUAGGGCGCAAAUGUGCACCUGCUACAUUGCCAGUAUCACAGACCCAACCACUUUCUCCUCACCUGAUCAAGAGAUGUGCAGAUGAUUUCAAAUUCAAGUACCGGACAACUCUCUGUAAGAUCAGAGCUGAUCCUCUCGACCCUGAUUCCAUUGUGCAAUUCAAAGACAUGUACACAAACCUUGUCCUGGAAGAGGGAUACCGAAAACGCAGGCGACCACUUGAGUACAGGGAUCUCUUUGAUCUCGAAGUCAAUGGAGAGUUCCCCAAGCGGAUCGUGAUUCAGGGAGAAGCUGGCACUGGAAAGACAACAUUCUGUGCUAAGAUUGCCUGGGACUGGAUAAAUAACAGGCCUGUUGUCCCAAAUUUCAAGUGGGUACUUGUUGUCCCUCUUCAUGAAGCCAAGCAAUACACAAUCGGUGAGAUUGCCAAGUCAUAUCUCUCCAAGGACAACCCAGCAACAGCCUGCCAGAUCACUGAUUACAUCCGCUCAAAUCCCAAAGAUGUCUUCAUUGCGUUUGAUGGAUUAGAUGAGUUUGGUGGCAAGGUUAUACAGCAAAGGAAUGCUGGUUCAAAGCCAAAGUCUGCCGAUCAAACCAAGGCAAGAGGAAGUUCUUCGGAAAGAGGUGACAUUGCACUUACAGACAUUCUUUGUUCAGAUGAACUUAAUGCUUGCCCGGUGUUGGUGACAAGUCGCCCAUGGAAGGUCGAUGAGAUUAGAUGUGAUGUUAGUCUAAGGAAACUGUACACAUUCAUUCAUGUGGAAGGUUUUACCAAGGAGAAUGUGGAGGUGUACAUUAAAAAGUACUUUGAAGAUGAUGUGGCCACAGCAGAUGAGCUUAUUCAAUUAACCAAAGACAAUGACAUCAUAUCUCAGAAUAUGGCCCCGUAUCCUAUUUACAUAGCUAUGCUCUGUCUUAUGUGGAGAAAGCUUGGUGCCGUAAAACGAGAAAAGUUUAGGUCAUUUCAAACUUUUUCUCAAAUAUUUGAUGAAAUGUUUGAAUUCUUGAAGGUGUAUUGUGCUCAGAAAGCAAUCACAGAUUUAGCCAGCCCAUCAUUCCAAGCAUAUCUCUCUCAAAUUGAGAAGUCCAUGAAACCAGUUGCCAAAGUUGCUUUCAACGGGCUACAAGAAAACACCCUCAUUUUCAGAGAAGAUGAUUUUGAACAGUGCUCAGACUCCUUGGAAACAGCUUACAGAUUAGGAGUGUUGUCUCAGGAGAAAAGAUUGUCAUCUGUAUAUGAUAAGAGCAGUCCGUACCUGCAGUCUACUAUCUUCUUUCCACACAAACUCUUUCAGGAGUACAUGGCUGGGGGCCAUCUUGCUUCCCUGUAUGAUUUAGAUCGCAAUGAAUUCAACAGGCUGAUUGAGCAAGUAGUGUUGCCUAGGAAAGAAGAGUUUAGGUAUCUCCUUUACUUCACUGUAUCAAAGGACAAAACCAUUGCAAACCAUGUCAUGAAAUGCAUGGCACAACUGCAAGCUAAUUUCAGAACCAGACAGGACAAGAACUUCUUGGUUGAUGUAUCCUUUGAGAGUCAGGACCUAGAUACUGCAGCCUUGGUGAGGGAACGCCCUUGA